UGGCUAUAAAUUAAAGUAAUAAUUCAUUAAUUUCAUGGACAAAUGUUGAUUUGCAUAUUGAAUUGAACGUUAAGACACGGAAACCUCCCAAUACCAUUGUAUAUAUACACCCCUUCCAAAGAAAACUCUCAUAUAUCUCUUUUUUUUUCCCUCUCUUCUUCUUCUCUUCAAACACAGAUCUCCAUCUCUCUUCUUUCGCCGGCAAGAAUGAAGUUCACGCCGGCGAAGCCACUCUCCGUCUCUCUCCUCCUUUUACUGUUUCUUUCCACCACCACCUAUGCCCAUAACAUUACUAAAAUCCUCGCAAAACACCCUGAAUUCUCCACCUUUAACCAUUACUUAACCGUCACACACUUAGCUGCAGAAAUCAACCGUCGACAGACCAUCACUGUCUGCGCGAUCGACAAUGCAGCCAUGAACGUGCUCCUCGAAAAACACUUGCCUACUUACACUCUUAAAAACGUACUUUCCCUCCAUGUCUUUGCUGAUUACUUCGGAGCCAAAAAACUCCACCAGAUCACCAAAGGAAGUACCCUCACUGCUACAAUGUUCCAAGCCACUGGUGAAGCUCCUGGAACUUCCGGUUACAUCAAUAUCACAAAUAUGAAAGGUGGGAAAGUAGGUUUUGCUAAUGAAGACAACGAUGGCCAUUUCGCUGCUACUUUCGUUAAAUCUGUAUUAGAAAUGCCGUACAACAUUUCAGUUAUUCAAAUCAGUCAUAUACUAACUUCCCCUGCUGCUGAAGCUCCAGUUGCCUCUCCUAGUGACCUGAAUGUUACCACUUUAAUGGCCAAACAGGGAUGCAAAGCGUUUUCCGAUUUGUUAGAAGCUCAUCCAGAUGUUGCCAAAACUUAUGCGGAAAAUGUACAGAGUGGAUUAACUGUGUUUUGCCCCACUGACGGUGUUAUCAGUGCUUUCAUGCCUAAAUUCAAGAAUUUGACAAAAGACGAGAAAGCUUCUUUACUAUUGUAUCAUGGCAUCCCAGUAUACAACUCCAUGGGGAUGUUAAAAUCCAAUAACGGGUUAAUGAACACACUGGCUACAGAAGGCAAGAACAAGUAUGACUUCACCGUACAAAAUGAUGGGGAUGAUGUGAAACUGGAAACCAAGGUCGUGACAGUAACGAUCUCAGGUACAUUGUACGAUGAAGAGCCAUUAUCCGUUUACAAAGUCGAUAAGGUUCUGUUGCCAAGGGAAUUGUUUAAGGAGGUAGCAGAAGAGCCAGCUCCAGCACCAAAGGGUUCAAAGAAGAAGAAGAGCAAAAAGGGAGAUGAAGAGGACGUCGUCGACGACAGUGCACCGGAGCCUAGCCCGGAGGACGACGAGGAUCCGGCCGAUGAUUCAGCAAAUUUGAACUGGGCCACUAGCAUGAAAAGCGCCGGGUGGUUGGUUACAGUUGUAUUGAGCAUUAUUUGUGUGACCAUUAUUUGAUAAUAAUGGGACCAUAGUGUUAUACUAUACUCCGUUUGUUUUGGCUUGCACAUAGAUAUGAUUUUUCUGUUUGAAAGAGUUUUGGUAUUUACUUAAUUUCAUUGUAUUCUGCAAUUUUUUAUUCUCUCCACAUUGUAUUUUGUAUUGAAAAAAAUAGCAAUAAAUUGCAUCUUUGAUCC